UUUUUUUUCUUCCCCUCCCCCAUGGGUUUCUGUCAAGUUUCUCAGGAUCCACAUAAGAGUGAAACCAUAUGGUACCUGUCUUUCUCUGUAUGGCUUAUUUCACUUAGCAUCACACUCUCCAGUUCCAUCCAUGUUGCUACAAAGGGCCAUAUUUCAUUCUUUCUCAUUGCCACAUAGUACUCCAUUAUGUAUAUAAACCACAAUUUCUUUAUGCAUUCAUCAGUUGAUGGACAUUUAAGCUUUUUCCAUAAUUUGGCUAUUGUUGAGAGUGCUACUAUAAACAUUGGGGUACAAGUGCCCCUAUGCAUCAGUACUCCUGUAUCCCUUGGGUAAAUUCCUAGCAGUGCUAUUGCUGGGUCAUAGGGUAGGUCUAUUUUUAAUUUUUUGAGGAACCUCCACACUGUUUUCCAGAGUGGCUUCACCAAUUUGCAUUCCCACCAACAGUGCAAGUCAAAUACACUACCAUUCUAUUUGCAAGUCCUAAAGAGACUGACUAUGUGUUUCACAGUUGUAGAUACUUGUGCUUCCUUUGCUGUGUGUCUGUAAAUGAAAAGUCAAUACUUGUUUGUCUUCUCCAGGGAAAAUCAAAAAUAGUACCUGGACCACUGUGCCUCAGUUUACUGAGGUCCCCUCCUACAUUUCACAAAUCCUCAAUCAGAACCUCAAGGGCCUUACACUGCCCUGUAAUUCUACUCUUAUUCAAUAUGUGGACAAUCUUUUGUUGUGUUCCAAAGACGAGGUGAGCUCCAAGGCUGAUUCAUCUACUGCUUACUGCUCAGAGACAGCAGAAGGGCUCCAUAGAAAAGCUGACAAUUUGUCAAAGGAAGUGCACUACCCAAGACAAAAGAUAUCUCAUGGAGGGAAAUCUCUUACUCCGGAAAACCAGCUGUGCAAGGGGUUUGUGGCCCAUAUCUAAGACAGUUAUGAGGAUCCCCAGGUCUCACUGGCUACUGCAGGCCAUACAUCCUGAACUUUUCUGAAAUCUCCACUCCAUUAUUCAACCCACUCAAGUCCUUGCUAACCACACCUUUUCUCUCGGAAUCCGAACAUGAACAGACUUUUUGUGAGUUCAGAUUAGCUCUUCAACACCCUCCCAUUCUGGGCCUAACCAAAUACCAUAAACCUUCAACCUAUAAGUACAUGAGAGAUCUCUUCAAGCCCUUAACUUCGUGGGAAUCGAGACCAAUAGCUUGUGAUCUAGUGGCAAGAGCCUCCCCACCUAGUCAGAGGCAGCAGCUGAACUAGUGGAAUAUUCUGUCAGCUUGGUGGUAGAGGUGAUUUGUCCGGUACCAUCUUUGUUGCUCUGUAAAAUUACACAUUUCUUAGUAGGUCGGUUUACCUCCUAUGAACUUCAGUACUUUCUCUGAGAUGCUGGGACUGUCAGGCAGUGCUCUCCCUCAGUCUGGUAGGCAAUCAACCCAGCUUCUCACGAUCAGCAAGUUAUUUUUAUAGCAUUUUCCAGCCGGCAGAUAAUGGCAAUCUUUAUUAGAACUUGUCCUAAACUCUCAUCUGAGAGAUUUCAGAUUAUUAAAAAAGAAAAACAAUCACCAUCUGAGAGAUUUCUGAGUAUUAAAAAAUAAAAGCAACUGCCACACUUUCUACACGCCUUUUAUUUUGGCAAACAUUACUAAUACAAUCAUGGCUGCUCUUUGCUCUUGUUCCUAUAGUCUCUUACUCCCCUGAAAAAAAUGCUGGUCACUAGCAGGUUAGGGGCUUGUCUCUGCCAGAAAAGAACCACAAAGGUAUCAGGAAUGUGGCUGCAGUGUUAAGGAACAGCUAAGUUCUAACCACAAUACUGUGUUCCUCUCUCCCCCGUGCCAUGCCCACACAAAUCUUGGUGCUUGAGUCAAAGGAACAAGCAACAAUUCUUCAGUUAGUUCCCUGGAGUCCUGCAACCUGGGGGCAGGGUUGGCAAUGAUAAGGGAGAAAAAAGGGAGGAGGGGAGGUUCAUUUAUUUCCAUCAGGGCUGCCUUCCUGUCCUCAACUCUGCUAUCCUCUGCCUGCUCCAAUGCUGACCCUGGGGCAUAUCACAGGGUGUUCUCAGGCCAUCCUCAUCUAAAGAACAGGGACAGCUCUCUCCAAGUGAAAGGCGGUUCCAGUGACCAACAAGGGUAGCCAAAGGCUAACCAAAUGCCAGCUACAAGGGGUAACAAGAGUAGGCGCAGCUUUCAUGCAAAUGGAGUAAAUGGUUUCUAAAUUCGAAAGGCCAGACCUGUCCGUUUUCCUUCAUCUACUUUCUGGCCUCUGGAAGUUUAGGACAGACCCCAAGUGCUCCCAAGGUCAGAAAAUGCUGUCCCCAAGCAUGGAAUGGAGCUGCAUUCGGAACCUGGAAAGGAGGGUACCCAUUUGGGAGUUAUAGGGGUGGAGUACUGGUGAAGCAGAAGAUUGCCUUCCACAGACAACCCCCCUGUAGCAAAGGGCCUGGAAGGACUAAGCACCAGUGGCCUGGGCUCUGCUUGGCAAAAAACCUUACCACAGUUACAGAAGCAGUGAGUCUGGUGACACUGAAAGUGGUCAAGUCCACUCUCACCGCCACAUGUCAGGCAGUGGUGAAGCCCUCUAUGUUGUGGAGGAAGGUGGACACCUAAUUCUUAGGAGUCUAUACUACACUUAAAAGCUUGCCCUAACUCUCCUGUGUUCUGGAGUCUUCGGUCUGCACCAUGCAACAUGUCACUUACAUUCAAGAGUUUUUUUGGUCUCGCUGUGAUUUCUUGCAUGAUGGCCUCAAUCCCCACACUCGAGGCGGGAACACCCUAAUCAGUCCCUCCUCCUACAGGCCACCUUGUGAUCCCUUGAACUUCUUAUUCUUAGCACCCCACAAAGCCAAGCUAAGCCAUGCCAUGAGUUUUGAUCACAGUGUUGAGACACCAGAAUUACGAAAGAAAUACCAAGUUGGAAAACAGCUUAAAACCUUGAAGAACUCCAGGGUAACGGGAUUCCACAGAGGACACGCCAGCCAGCUCGCGCGGGGUUGUCAAGUUGGAAAGAGGAACUGCGUUGUUACAAAAGAAAAUGAAAAGUCUCUCAGAGUGCAGACGCCUGUUCCGCACCGCAACCCGCCUGCCCGAACACGCGCUCAGGGCUCGCGCGUCCCAGCAGGGCAGGCUCCCGGGGAGGCUCGCUCUCGAAGGCGGGGGCAACCGGCCGGCCUCUCCCCGGAUUUGUGACGUGCAGCGGUGGUGACGAGGCCAACACACAAAGCCGGGGUGUCGGACUGGGGAGUCCCCAGGCCAAGAGUCCCGAUGGGAUGGGGAGGGGGCGGGGAGCGAGGCGCCCCCGGGCGCGGGGGCCCCGCGCAGCAUUAAAGUGAGCGCCGAGUCGGCGGCAGCGGCGGCGGGGACCUGGCGUUGGCAGCAGGGCGGCCGUCAGCGAUACUCGCGUGCCUGGCUGCUGCGGCCUCGCUGGCCGCCCGCGCGCCCGACUCGCCGAGGCCGUGCCACGCCCCCGCGGAGGUGGAGCAGCGGCCAGGGGCGGGUCCACAGCUGGCGGCGCCCGGGCCCGGGGCGGGGGCUGUGGCAGCAGCUGCAGCAGCGGCGGCGGCAGCACCGCCAGGAGCUGCUGCAGCGGAGGCGGAGGUUGCUCCUGGACGAGUCGGGGCCGCGCAGCCGGAGCCCCAGUCCGGAGGCGCCGGGCGGUGCUCUGGGUGCUGCUGCUGCCGCCCGGCCGCCGCCGCCCGGGCCCCCGCUGCCGCCCGGGACCUGGCCGCCGCCUGCGCCCCCGCCGCCCCCGCCACCCCCGCCAGCGUGUGCGCCCCAGCCGGGACGCCGCCCCCGGCCGGGUCUCCACUUCUCGGCCGCACCUCCCAUGACAGCGCCCGCGCGAAGAUGGCUGCGAAGGGCGCGCACGGCUCCCACCUGAAGAUGGAGAGCGAGCUGGAGCGCUGCCGCGCGGAGGGCCACUGGGACCGCAUGCCCGAGCUGGUCCGGCAGCUGCAGACGCUGGUCGUGCCCGGCGGCGGAGGCAACCGACGAACCAGCCCGAGCGCCGCGUUCACCUCUCUGGACGCCGAUGACUUUGGGAAGCUGCUCCUGGCCGAGGCCCUCCUGGAGCAGUGUUUGAAGGAGAACCACACAAAGAUAAAAGACUCCAUCCCUUUGCCAGAGAAGAAUGAGCCAAAGAUGAAUGAAGCCAGAAACUACCUGAGUAGUAUCCUUAACCACGGGAGGCUGUCUCCACAGUACCUGUGUGAGGCCAUGCUGAUCCAGGGCAAGCUGCACUAUGUGGAGGGCUCAUACCGAGAUGCUAUCAGUAUGUAUGCACGGGCUGGGAUUGAUGACAUGUCCAUGGAGAACAAGCCACUGUAUCAGAUGCGGCUGCUGGCAGAGGCCUUUGUCAUCAAAGGCCUCUCCCUAGAACGCCUGCCCAACUCCAUUGCUUCCCGCCACCGCCUGACUGAGAGGGAGGAGGAAGUGAUCACCUGCUUCGAGAGGGCCUCCUGGAUUGCGCAGGUGUUCCUGCAGGAGUUGGAGAAGAUCACAAAUAACACCACAUCACGGCAUCUGAAAGGCUCUCACCCAGUUGACUAUGAGCUCACCUACUUCCUGGAAGCCGCCCUCCAGAGCGCUUAUGUGACAAACCUGAAGAAGGGGAACAUCGUGAAAGGGAUGAGAGAGCUCCGGGAGGUCCUACGCACCGUGGAGACCAAAGCAACACAGAACUUUAAAGUGAUGGCGGCCAAGCAUCUGGCGGGGGUCCUGCUACAUUCCUUGAGUGAGGAGUGCUACUGGAGCCCCCUGUCCCUCCCGCUGCCUGAGUUCAUGAGCAAGGAGGAGAACUCCUUCAUCACGCAGGCCCUGCGGAAGCCUCACCUCUACGAAGGAGACAACCUCUACUGCCCGAAGGAUAAUAUUGAGGAAGCCCUCCUGCUGCUCCUCAUCAGUGAGUCCAUGGCUACCCGAGAUGUGGUGCUAAGCCGAGCACCGGAGCAGGAGGAGGACCGGGCAGUGAGCCUGCGGAAUGCUGCGGCCAUCUAUGACCUCCUGAGCAUCACGCUGGGCAGGAGAGGCCAGUACGUCAUGCUUUCUGAGUGCCUGGAGCGAGCCAUGAAGUUUGCCUUUGAAGAAUUUCACCUUUGGUACCAAGUGGCCCUCUCCAUGGUGGCUUGUGGGAAGUCAGCCUAUGCCGUGUCUCUGCUGCGGGAGUGCAUGAAGCUUCGGCCCUCGGACCCCACUGUGCCCCUGAUGGCCGCCAAGGUCUGCAUCGGGUCCCUGCAUUGGCUGGAGGAGGCAGAGCACUUUGCCACGAUGGUGAUCGACCUGAGGGAGGAAGCCGGGGAGUUCCUCUCCAAGGGCUACCUGGCACUGGGUCUCACCUACAGCCUGCAGGCCACUGACGCGACUCUGAAAUCCAAGCAAGACGAAUUGCACCGGAAAGCACUGCAGACACUGGAGAGAGCCCAGCAGCUGGCGCCCGGUGACCCCCAGGUCAUCCUUUAUGUCUCCCUGCAGCUGGCCCUCGUCCGCCAGAUCUCCAGUGCCAUGGAGCAGCUGCAGGAGGCCCUGAAAAUGUGCAGGGAUGAUGCCAACGCCCUCCACCUGCUGGCACUCCUCUUCUCUGCCCAGAAACACUACCAGCAUGCCCUGGAUGUUAUCAACAUGGCCAUCACAGAGUAUCCAGAGAACUUCAACCUGAUGUUCACCAAGGUGAAGCUGGAGCAGGUCCUGAAAGGCCCGGAGGAAGCCCUUGUGACCUGCAGACAAAUGCUGCGGCUGUGGCAGACCCUGUACAGCUUCUCCCAGCUGGGAGGCCUGGAAAAGGAUGGGAGCCUCGGCGAGGGUGUCACACUGAAGAAGCAGAGUGGCAUGCAUCUGACUCUGCCCGAUGCCCAUGAUGCAGACUCCGGGUCUCGGCGUGCAUCAUCCAUCGCGGCCUCCCGGCUGGAGGAGGCCAUGUCAGAGCUGACUGUGCCGAACUCAGUCCUGAAGCAGGGCCCCAUGCAGCUGUGGACCACACUGGAACAGAUCUGGCUCCAGGCUGCUGAGCUGUUCAUGGAGCAGCGACACCUCAAGGAAGCGGGUUUCUGCAUCCAGGAGGCAGCGGGCCUCUUUCCCACCUCACACUCGGUACUCUACAUGCGGGGCCGGCUAGCCGAGAUGAAGGGCAGCUUGGAGGAGGCCAAGCAGCUGUACAAGGAGGCACUCACGGUGAACCCCGACGGUGUGCGCAUCAUGCACAGCCUGGGUCUGAUGCUGAGUCGGCUGGGCCACAAGAGUCUGGCCCAGAAGGUGCUGCGGGACGCCGUGGAGAGGCAGAGCACCUGCCACGAGGCCUGGCAGGGUCUGGGUGAGGUGCUGCAGGCCCAGGGCCAGAGCGAGGCCGCCGUCGACUGCUUCCUCACUGCCCUCGAGCUGGAGGCCAGCAGCCCAGUACUGCCCUUCUCCAUCAUCCCCAGAGAGCUGUAACAUUGCACAGCAGCAGCAGGGUGGGAGGGGGCUGCCCUAAGGAGUGGGGGGCAGGCAGAUGCAGGCAGGCAGCAGGGAGUACAGGGCAGGGGUGAUGUGGGACCUCAGAAAAAUACAUCUCUAGGGAACACUUCUGCAGGCUGCAGCCCUACUUCUCCUCGCCUCCCCCACUCCAGCCCUGCUUUCCUUCCAGGGACAGCUGGGUCCGGGAGCUGCUCUUCUGGAGCUGGGUGGACCAGAUUUGCAUCAAAAGCAAAUUCUUUGCUCCUUGGGAUUCAGACCGACAUUGUGGCGUUUAUGAGCAAGGAAGUAGCUGGGAAGCCACAUCAGCAUGGGGGCAUCUCUAAAUGUGUUUGUGCAUCAUCUAAAUGUGCAGUAAGGGUCUGGGUCUCCUAGGUACUUCCCCCCCCCCCCCCACUGUCUAGAAGCCCCCAUACUAUACCUACCACCCUCCACAUCCCUGACCCUAGAUUUUCCAGUGACUGCACAGGUAUUAGCCUUGAACUUCAGCUCCCUGUUCUCCAACACCAAAGAUGAGUGCCACAAGCUGCCCUCUGACUAGGCCACGAGGGUUUUCCCCUGUUCCUGACUCGGUGCCUCAAGAGAUGGUAUGCUUGGACCCUAAGUGACUUACAGUCAUAGUGACCAGACUUGCUUCCCAAGAGCACAGGUUGGGGAGCCUUACAGCUGAACUUUACCUCCACCUGUGCCUCUGUGCCCAGGGAGCCCCACGGUCCUGGUCUCAGCCCCAGUCUCACUACAGGGUUUUAGGUAAUUCUCAGGUCUUGCCCAGAGCAGUCCGGGCUUGAAGAUUCUGCUGGCAAAUGGGAAGAAGUUAGGAUCUCUGGGUCCCUCUCCCAGGUUUGAGUAAUUGGAGGAUGCCCAGCUUUGCCCCUCUUUGCCCUGUGAGGCCAGUUGGGCCCCACUGCUCUUCCCCUCUGCUGCCAAGUGCCUUUUGGGCCUCUGGUGCCUGACCAGGGGCACCGAGCACCAUCCCUAACUCCACUUCCAUUUCUGCCAUACUCACCUUUCUGGGAAUAUUCCCCCAAUGGCCCCCCUAGGCUCUAGAUCCUAGGAUACAAACAUGGCAGCUGGACCCAGUUCUUCCUAAUACUUUGCAUCAACAUGCUCCUUCAAGCCUUAAGUUUCUGGGCUAUGGGUACAAUGCAGAACCCUCUGAGGACAAUGGUAUGAAGAAGGGCAGUCUCUAGGACUGACCCCAGCACAUCUCACCACCCACAGCCCAUUGCCACUUCAGGCUUUUAUGGGUGACCCAACCCCCACCCCCAUCCUGCCCGUCAACCUGGCCAUUUGGCUCCCCCUGCCUGGGGCCCAGUGGGGACUGUGGAGACCAGAGGAGGGGACAGAGCAGAUCCUUGUCAGCAGGGGACCUGGGGCUGGGGGAUUGGGUAUCUUCCCUGUCAAUUCCCCUAGCCCUGCUGUAUGAUGCUCUUGGAAUUCUCCCCCAAGAAGUCAGCCCCUCCGGCCUAUCAGGGAAUUCCUUUUUUCUCUGCACUUUGGGUUUUAGUUUUAAAGCUCCAUCUGGUACGUCUCUCUCAUCUUAAGAUGAGAGUGUGUGGACAGACUGGGCAAGGGCCGCCCUGGUUUGACAUUGCCGAGUCUGCUCCUCAGUGGGAGACCUGUCCUCCUCACCUCACUGGCUCAGCACUGCACACCCCCAGGGGCCUCCCAGAGAGGGCCUGCCCCUCCUGGCCUUCCCACUCGUAAGGAGCACUGCAGAGGACACCGGAUCCUUCACCGCUUGGUUGAAGGAUCUCUGUCUCGAUGUGCGCAUGUAUAAAUAUAAUAUAUAUGUGUGUGUGUGUGUGUGUGUGUGUGUGUGUGUGAUAGAGAUCUAUUUUUAUCUGAAAUUCUAUAAGGAAAAAAAACUAAACAGAAAAAGCAAAUGCUAUUGAUUUGCCUCAGGGUGCCCAAAGAUUGGUAGUCAGUUAUCGGUAAUAGGAAAGGCACCAAAUGCAUUUUGGCUUGCAGCGUUCCUCUGGAGAAGCCUCAGAGGGCUGGGCCAAGCUGCUGGCAGUUUGAAAUAAAGGUCUUGGAUAAAGAGA